AUGUCGUCCGAUCCUAAGAUCCAAGAUCUUCUGAACAAGCCCAAGAGCGAGCUCACUGAAUACGAGGUCUCUCUCGUCGAGGAACAUGAGCUCACCGCCGGUCCCCUCUCUCUCCUUCAGACCGCCACCCGCACACACACCCAGGUGCUGAUCUCAUGCCGGAACAACCGCAAGUUGCUCGCGCGAGUCAAGGCCUUCGAUCGCCACUGCAACAUGGUGCUGGAGAACGUCAAGGAGAUGUGGACGGAAAAGCCCAAGGGUAGCAAGGGCAAGGGUGUCAACAAGGACCGCUUUAUCAGCAAGAUGUUCUUGCGCGGUGAUUCCGUCAUCCUCGUUCUGCUGAGCUGA